AGUAAAGGUAAAACCGCUCGUCAAUUCGCCAUCUUUGUUUGUCUUCGUUGGCCCCAACCGUCAUCAUUCGAACUACCUUCGAAGGGGGCAACAAGAUUGUUCUUUGGUUCGCGAGCAAUCCUACCAUCCAAGGAAGCAAUUUAUACCAAGAGACACUGCGACCGGUUGGUAAGGACAUGGCAACAGCUACGGUGGCCACUGCUGCUGGUGCGGCUGCUCUUUUGUACUACACGCUGAAGUGGAAAUUAUAUGCUGGGCGAUUGCAAGAUAGUGAUGAAGGUGAGCACAGUGAAGAUGAAAGGAGACCAAUUCUUGCUGGGAGAAACAGAGUCUCGCAGAGACCUGCACAAGCACCUGCGACAUGGUUGGAGACAAUAUCUACCUUGUCCGAGACAUUACGGUUUACUUACUCUGAGACUUUGGGCAAAUGGCCUAUAGGGGAUCUGGCUUUUGGCAUCAACUUUCUGUUGAAGAGGCAGGGAAACUUGCAUGUAGCUAGUAUAUAUGCUGGAGAAGAAAGUAUACCACUUAAAGGAGUUGAAGUUGUUGCUGAGUUAAAGUAUCUUCUGAACUUAUUGACUCUUUGCUGGCAUUUCUCAAAAAAGCCAUUCCCAUUAUUUCUGGAGGCAACAGGUUAUUCAGAAGAAGAUGUUCUUCUUCAAAAGCCUAAAGCAGGAAUCUUGAAGCCUGCUUUUACAAUAUUAAUUGACAGAAGCACAAAAUGCAUACUUUUGUUGAUUAGGGGUACUCACAGCAUUAGGGAUACAUUAACAGCUGUAACUGGUGCAAUUGUGCCGUUCCACCACACUAUAAUAAAUGAAGGUGGCAUCAGUGAUUUAGUUUUAGGAUAUGCACACUGUGGGAUGGUAGCAGCUGCUCGUUGGAUCGCUAAGCUUGCUACUCCUUGUCUUUUGGAUGCAUUUGGGAAAUACCCAGAUUUCAAACUAAAGAUCGUGGGACACUCUUUGGGUGGAGGCACAGCAGCACUGUUGACCUACACUUUGCGCGAGCAAAAGGAAUUUGCCACUGCUGCUUGUGUGACAUUUGCUCCAGCUGCUUGUAUGACAUGGGAGUUAGCCGAGUCAGGCAGGCACUUUGCUACCUCAAUAAUCAACGGGGCUGAUUUAGUUCCUUCCUUCUCAGCAGCAUCAGUAGAUGAUCUGCGUGUAGAGGUGACUGCUUCGGCAUGGAUAAAUGACUUGCGUAGUCAAAUUGAACAGACACGGAUAUUGAGUACAGUCUAUCGCUCGGCUUCUGCUUUAGGAUCUAGACUUCCAUCGAUCGCAAGUGCAAGAGCAAGAGUAGCUGGAGCUGGUGCAAUCCUGCGUCCAGUAUCUAAUGGGACACAGGUCGUGGUGACGAGAGCAAAAAGUGUGGCUCAAGCAGCAUUGCGUCGACCGCCACUCCAUUUGUCGUCAUGGUCUUGUAUCGGCCCUCGUUAUCGAAAACAAGCAUCUUUUCCAAAUUCAAGAAUAGAAGAGAACAUUGAACAACAAACCACAACCAUAACAGAGAAUGGCCAUGCCAGAUUGAAAGAAACAAUCACUGUGGAAACCACAGAGAUUAUUACCUCCGAAGAAGCGGCAGGUUGGAGCUCAGAUCCAGAGUGUUCUCGUGCAAGCAAACUGCCUCACACUGAUGGCAUGGAGGUCAAUGGCGAUGACAGUGACGAGGACAUCAGUGAUCAACGCAAGCCCGAGGAAAGCAUGACCGAGUACGAGCUAUGGCAGCAACUGGAGAAUGAAUUGUACAAGCCAAGGAGCGAUGAGGAAGCGGAAAUGGAAAACGAAAUAAGAGAAGAGGAGAAUGCUGCUGCUUCUUCGGCGGCACAGGAAGGCACGGAGGUAACACCCCAAGGGGCUCUUACAGAAACGAAGGAAUCACAGAGGUUCUACCCGCCAGGAAAAAUCAUGCAUAUCGUGACACUGCACCCUGAGGAAGAGAUGGGGGACGAAGAAGAUGCUCAUACGAAUCACGACUGCAAGAUUGAGAUUUACUCGACACCGAGAUCACUGUACGGGAAGCUGAGACUCUCGCAGUCGAUGAUCAAUGACCAUUACAUGCCGAUUUACAGAAGAAAUAUCGAACAACUGAUCAGUAUUCUUGAGAAAGAUUGCCAUGGUGAUGGAUCCAUAUCAUAGUAAAUGUCCAUGAAUAGAGUGUACAUUUCCAAUAUCACUUUAGGUAGAGUACCAAGUGCUUACUCUGAUUUUUCUUGUGACUUUUUAUACUUUUUUUUUUAAUAAUCUCACAAGAAUAAUGCUGUUAGAACUAA